AUGAGAAACGAUCGUAACUCAUUGCUCCCACCACACAGAGGACCAAAUGUAUUGCCAAACAGCCCAUUGUUCGGCAAGCUCAUUCGUCACGCUCGACGCCAACGAUUAGCUGUAAGAGACCUUCAGCUUGGUCUUGAGAAAACGUAUGGAGACCUCCUCGAUGCAGUCUUGACGUUUCGAGAAGUCGUCAGCGCCUCCUUGACCACAGAGACAAAGGUUGCUUUAGAGCGGGGAGAUGAGGUCUAUAUUGGUGUCCUUGCUGCUGGAGGUUGGGAGUUCACAGUGGCAGUCCUGACUGUGCUGGCUCUGGGGGCAGCUGUUGUCCCAAUGUUCCCUUCUGCACCAGUAGAUGAAUUAAUUUACUUCGUCAACAAAUCGAACCAAGUCGCAGUGCUGGCAGGUGUUCCGGUAGCAUCACUGUCAGAGAAUGUGGUAGCACAGGUCAAAACGGAUAACCCUCAUCUGGUUUCGGUAUCCAUCAUGCCUAAUCUGCCUGUGGUACCCAGUCGAUCCCCCGUAGACAUUUCCAUGUCAUCAGACCCACCGUUAGACGAAAGAGCUCCUGGUGUCGUCAUCUUCACUUCUGGAACUACUGGACGACCAAAGGGAGUCGUACAUCGACGCGGCUAUACUCACGAGACAGCACUUGCAAUCGGCGAAGGCUACGACAUUGACCAUAAUGAUGUCCUGUUACAUGCUCUUCCGGUCCACCACACCACAGGGUUCGGAACUUCGUUCUUCCCUUUCCUCUGUGCAGGUGCAUGUAUCGAGUUCAGAGGCGCAGCAAGCUUCGACGCCAAAUGGGUCUGGGACCGCUGGCUCCAAGGCGGACUGACCGUCUUCUCUGCUGUGCCUACGAUCUACAUGCGUCUGAAGUGGUACUUUGAGCGUGAAGUUCAGAAGCUUCCACUAGAUCAGCAAAUGCGAUAUGUCAAGGCUGCCAACCAGUUCCGUGCUUUCUUGUGCGGAUCGAGUGCUCUUCAAGACGGUGUCCAAGAUUUUUGGACGAGCUUGAGAAAUGGUUCGCCAAUUCUGACCAGAUAUGGUGCGACUGAAUUCCCAGGCUGUCUGAAGGUACCAGUCGACAUGGAUCAUAGACUUCUGCCUAAAGGUUGUGUCGGUAUGACAGUGCCUGGAGUGGAGAUCAAGCUCUCAGGAGGCAAUGAGGGAGAAUUGUUGGUCAAGUCUCCAUAUAUGUUUGCAAAAUACCUUGGUGAUAGAGAAGCGACCAUCAAAGCACACGAUAAAGACGGCUGGUUCAAGACUGGUGAUAUCGCUCGUCGAGAUGGAGAUUAUUACACCAUCAUUGGCAGAGCGUCGGUCGACAUCAUCAAGUCAGGUGGUUACAAAAUUUCCGCAAUUGACAUUGAGCGUGAACUCUUGACUCUUCCAUACGUUGGCGAAGCGAUGGUCGUAGGCGUUGAAGACGAUGAAUUCGGUCAAUUGGUUGGCGCCGCAAUCACUGUCAAGCAGUCCGCCGGCGUAUCGAUCCAGAACUUGUCGCUCAAGAAGUUGCGAGAUGAUCUGCGAUCGAAUCUGGCUGGAUACAAACUACCGACCCUGUUGCGUCUUGUUGAAGGUGAAUUGCCAAAGGGUGGAACUGGCAAGGUACAGAAGAAGGUGCUGGGGCCACAAUACUUUCCCACGCCAGACUAUGUCAACAUGCCUGAGAUUCAGACUCUGAGGAAGACAAAGAGAUCAGAGGUCCGAGCUAGGCUGUAG